GGCUGCUAGAUGUGUAAAUAGGCGAUUGCAUGCGGACACAUUUGCCCUGGACGACUUUAUGAGACGAUAAUAACUGCUAAGCGAAGGGUUUGAGUGAUCCCGUGCUGUCGGGCUCGUGGCAGUAAUUGGAGCGGUUCCCCUUUAAGAACGUGACCGCGGCCAGCGGCGGAGGAGCUGGUCAGGAACUGAACUGGCCCAGGACAGUGAAGGCAUCUGCAAACUUUCCCCAACACACGGUGAAGUGGCCCCGCUGCUGCCGCUCGUUCGCACCGUGGACGCGUGGCAACGCGAUGAAGGGGGACGCCCGCGGACCGCUCGGAGAGGGGACGGGACACACGCGAGGGGGGGAACUCCCGGAGUGAUGCCCGAGCGACUGCAUCCCUCCCUCCCUCCAAAGUUCAGCUAAGGUCGAGAUCUUCCGCUGGGCAUUCGACAAUUUCGGAGCCAGCCACCCAGCAUUAUUAUCGCCAUCGCUCGCCACCCGCACUCAAGAGGGGCCCGCGUCUUGCAUGAGGAGGCGACCGCCGCCAUGAAGGUGACGGUGACGUUCGGGCAGACGGGCGUGGUGGUGCCGUGCAAGGUCGACUGGACCGUGAGGGACCUGGUCCAGCAAGCCACGCAGAGAUACAGGAAACUCCUGGAACAGGAAGGAGAUUUCAUGGUCCGGACUCACCAUGUAGAAUACUGCGACGGGGGGAUUCUGGACCCUGAUGAUAUCCUCAGCGAUCUGGUGGAAGACAAGGACAAGCUGAUGGCGGUGUAUGAGGAGCAGGAAGCCCAGCAGAGGGGCGGGGCUAGCACGAGCCUAGCCCCCAGCCCUGACCUCUACCAGCCCGAGCUCUCUGUCUUCCAGCCAAUUGCAGGAGGAGAGAUUGAAGUCAAUUCUUCAGUGCUCAAGUCCAACACCCCCCUGCUGGUGAGAAGUAGCAGUGAGUCAGCCCUCAGCCCCCAGCUGACGGAGACUGAUCCCUCCCUCAACGAAGAUGCCACAGAGAUGGCAGCCAGUCCCGCUGCGGAGAGGCCUGCAGGGAUGGACCAAGCCCAGGGCAAACACACCUUCAGUGGCAGCCUGACCAGAACAGUGGAGAUCCUGGGAGAGGACAGUCCUCUGGGGAUCCACGUGGUUCCCUACUGCUCAUCGCUCAGCGGACGGUCUCUAGGUCUGUUCAUCCGUGGAGUGGAGGAGGAGAGCCGCUCGAGAAAGGAGGGCCUGUUUCACGAGGAUGAGUGCAUCGUCAGGAUCAACAACACCGACCUCAUGGACAAGACGUUUACCCAGGCCCAGGAAGUCUUUCGUCAGGCGAUGCGUUCCCCGGUCGUCCGCCUGGAAGUCGUGCCCUCCUCCAGCAGAGAGCGCUACGAAAAGAGUCUGAUUGGUCAGCUGUUUGGCAACAGCGCCGCUCCCGACAGCAGCCCCCGAGUCGCCAAGACCAAAGAGCCGCCGCCGCCCGUCAAAGCCAAACCUGUGUUUAAGCCAGCUGAGAAUCCGGCCGUGCGAUUGGCCGAAGAAGCUGCCGCCCUGGCCGCUGCCGUCAGUACCCCCAAGGGGAGGAGCGAAAGCCCCCUUCUUAAGAAAAGCCCCGCCCUCUCCAGCCUGGUAGCCAAUAAGAGAGGCGGACGGAGAUUGAGGAUCGACUUAAAGAAAGGCUCAGAAGGUCUUGGUUUCACCGUGGUAACACGAGACUCUUCAGUCCACGGUCCCGGUCCCAUUCUGGUUAAGAACAUUCUGCCCCGCGGAGCCGCUGUCAAAGACGGACGCCUGCAGUCCGGAGACCGCAUACUUGAGGUAAACGGUGUGGACAUCACAGGCGUGGGCCAGGAGGAGUUGGUGUGUAUGCUACGCAGCACGAGGCCGGGAGAGAGCGUGUGCCUCAUGGUCCUACGGCAGGAAGAGAUGUUCCUGCCCAGGGAGAUGAAGGAGGAGGCGCCCCGGGUGCCGGGCUUCGUUUUGGAGAAUGGGAAGGAGCAGCUCAUGUUUGAGGUGCCUCUGAAUGACAGCGGCUCGGCAGGACUGGGCGUCAGCCUCAAAGGGAACAAGUCCAGGGAGACGGGAGAGGAUCUGGGAAUCUUCAUUAAGUCCAUUAUACACGGAGGGGCUGCGUACAAGGAUGGGCGUCUGCGCAUCAAUGACCAGAUGGUGGCCGUGAACGGAGAGACGCUGCUGGGACGCUCCAACCACGUGGCCAUGGAGACGCUCCGCCGCUCAAUGUCACAUGAGGGAAACGCGAGAGGCACCAUCCAGCUCGUGGUGCUGAGGAUUUUGAAGGAUCAACAUGGCGUGUCACCCAGUCGCUCGUUCGACGGCUCCUCUGGCCUGUCGGGAGCGAUGAGCCCCAUCAACGGUCAGACGGGACCGGUCGGUCAGCACAACGGCCCCGUCCACCCGCUCACGGUGAACAACGCGCUCUACGCGUCUAAUGUGACCAAUGGGAGUUAUUCUCACAUGGACGAGGACGAGGAGGGGGAACUGUAUGGACACGAGGAGUUCAGCGGCUCUAUCCAGCACUCCUACAUACAGGAGAGGGAAAACUCCCACGUCUCUAACCCGGCUCAGCCCCAGUGUCCCGGCCAGAACCAGAUCCAGAACCAGAGCCAGCGGCAGUUCCAGCACGUGAAGGCCUCCAAGAGCAUGGACCUGGGUACGACUCAGAACCAGCAGCACACUGUGGCAGACGAGAGCAACGUAGGAUCCCUGGUUGGAAACGCUACGGCCCCAUCGAGUCCCGUGGAACUCGGCCCUACCCUCGGCCUGAAGAAGUCCAGCUCGUUGGAGAGUCUCCAGACGGCCAUGUCCGAGGUGAACAGAAAGAGUGAGCUCGUCCCGUUCCACCGCCCUCGCCCAAAUAUGGUCCGGGGAAGAGGCUGCAACGAGAGCUUCAGAGCAGCUAUCGACAAAUCCUACGACGGGCCGCCCGAAGACGACGACGAUGAUGGCUCGGACCCGAGUUCAGGCCGCGACACCCCUGCCAGCAGUUCAUCUCGGCAGGGGGCGGGGGAUCCGACAGAGGAGAAAGGCAAAAAAGACAAGAAAAAGAAAGCGAAAACAAAGAAGAAAGAAAAGAGCAAAGGGAAGGAGAAAGAGAAAGAGAAAAAGAAAGCGGAGGAGCAGCCUGAAGACACUGAAAAGAAGAGCAAGAAAAUCGGAUUUGGCCUUCUGAGAUUCGGGAAGAAAAAAGAGGAUAAGAAGGAGGCCAAAGCGGCGCUGCAGCGGCAGAAGUCGGACAUUCUGAGUGAUCACGCGCUGGAGAGGAUGAAAGAGGAGAGAGAGAGAAUUGAGGCAGGACACCCUGAGCUGCGAGAGCUCCGGUCCCAGCAAGGUGGCGGCUCCACGUAUCAAGAUGUUGAGGACGACGACACGGAUCCCAACUAUGCCCGAAUACAAACCUUCAGGGAUCGAGAUAUGGGUCCAGUGCCGCAGCCGCCGACUCAGUCACCUCCCUACAGCGCGGUUCAGCAAGCCCACUCUCACAUCGCUUCUCCGCAAACCCCGUCUGCCUUCCCGGGACAUGGGAAUCACACUAACGACCGCGCAGCCAUCCCUGAUGACGACCACAUUGACAGGCUGUACGCCAAGGUCAAUAAACCAAGGGCAGCCGGGGCGACUUCUCCUCCCGCGUCUGCCACUGCCAAUGACGGCAGUGUGGACAGGAUCCAGCAGCUCAGAAGAGAGUACCAGCAGGCAAGGAGAGAAGGAAUGGUUCCACCUUAUGAAGAGCUGGACCCGCGACGCAGAGGGCACGAAAGCGACGCACACAGGAUGCCAGGCAGAGGGACGGACCCUCGGUUGGCACCACGUUACGAAGAGGUGGAGCGUCAAUACGCCUCCUUACCAAGACGGGGUCCAAUGGAUCCAGCUGAAUACCCCAUGCAGCCCUGGUCUGGUCAUUACCCCGGACCUCCCCAGGCCCCACAGGGGUACUCUCAGUCCAUGUCCUACCCUAACCCCAACUCCCAGUCUGCUCCGUCUUACCCUGGCUACCCACCUGGCCAGCCAUACCCACGUCCAGGUGACCCUCGGGGCGUUGACCCUGGCUACUACCCCCACCCAAGCUCUCAGCAGAGAGGCCCCCUGCGGCAGGACGUGCCCCCGUCUCCUACCCCUCCACUUCGCGGACUACGGUACGACACUAUGAUGCGCGGGACUGGGGGUGGAGGCUACAGGCACCUGGUGGAUCCCAGUCAGGACCAGUAUAGCUACACUGUUGAGGUCGGGAGACAGCAGCAGCAGCAGCAGCAGCAGCAGCAGCAGCAGCAACACCAAACCAACUCAAGACUGAAGAAUGCCCUGACCGCCGCCGUGUAGACGACUCACGUCCAGAGAUGAACACGAGCGGAGUGCCGAUCGCUUUCUUUCUAUCGUGCAGCUCCUCUACUUUUCCCCUGCUCCAAUGGAAUCGAGUCGGAACCUCUUAAUGGUGCGAGUCAUUAUCGAACAUUGUCUACUCUGUUGAAAAGUAUAUGACAUUACACAGACCGAGGUAAAGGAGGUUAAUUACAGAGUGGCUGGCGCGAUGUGUAAUGUCUUGUUUGAAGUCAGUUAAAUUGUAUGAAAUUAGCAGUUUUCUUCCGCUUUUCACUGUACAGUGAUUAAGUCGUCUCUUUCAAGAAGAGGAACAGGUAAUUGGAUCCAAUUAAAUUAAGCCACUAAAAGCAUAAAUACGGCUCUGAACACUCGUGUUGUACCUGUCAGUUUCACUUCUGCUGGCCCACCCACGAUGCGAAUAUAUGAAAUACCCUUAAAAAAAGAGCACACAGACCUUGGUGCCACGGCCAUUCACCUGCGUAAACGACACCUUUCAGUUAUGAUGCCAAAUUUAAGACUGGAGCCGUUCGUGUUUACAAAAAAUGCGAUUGCAGGGGCUUUGGAUCUCCCCUCGACGACGAGGAUGGAAAAAGUCAAAAAAUGACCCUUUGUUGCCAAACUGUGUGGGCAGAAACAAAUAAGUGUGAAGAUAUGAUUUCUUUGCUCUGUUAGUAAUAGCUGCUGAAACAGAUGAAUCAUCGAGACAGAAUGUUCCUCCGUGCCAGAUCAAUAACUACAGCUCGACACAGCGUCGGCAGUUAGUGCAGUAGCUACAGUCGGCGGAUUCAAGUGCUGUUUUUGACACCUAUUAAUUAUUGAAAGUGCACCAUAGCACAGUAGAGUUCUGUAUGAAUUAUUUUUUUCUGUGUAAUAUUAUGCUUUUAAUAGUGCUAUGAUUGCCUUUUCACUUUUAUACGACAUAUUUCUAAAAUACAUUUACAGUCAUAGUACAGGGCCGCGUCGUAUUUCCAUUCCAGGACACAUUACUGUCAUUAGACUGAAGUGUUUCAUCGAAACACCUAAUUUAAAAUGAAUGUAAGACAAACAUUUUACAUGAUAGCACGACCAGAGUCUUUGCUCCAUUUUUUCUAUCGGACACAUACUGUAAUUCAGGGUUAAUCCAUUUGCCUUUGAACAAACAGCUGACUGCCAUGCAGAAAUGAUAAUAUCAACCUAUGAACUGAUAUUCUGGAUGAAUGAUUGUUUCACUAUAGGCAAUACAUACCAAUACAAACCAAAGCUUUUUAACGCUGCCUUCUUCUUUAGUCAAGAGUAGCUCGGAGACUCGAUGUGUUUCUAAACAUGUACUCUUUGAAACAGGUUCAUUAUGUGGGGAUGAUAACUUGAUACGCAGCUGUUUAAUAGGUAGGGGAAUGCAGGGAAACUCCAAUGAAUGUAGAACAGUUGCAACGGUAUGACAUUUUCGCUGUAUGAUAACCAUGUCAGAAAAUAUCACGGUGUAUCACCAUUAUUAUUAUUCAGCAUCAGUACAUUUUGGAUUUCAAUCCUCCAGAACAACACCACAUUCAUUCAAAAUAGUGCCUUGGCAUUUUUUUGGGGGGGGGGGCAUCAGUAGAGUUGCCCAUUCUUCGUUCCUUUUUUGUUUUUGUUUUGUUUUGUUCUUUUUACAAAAUCGGCAAUUAGCAGAUGUUUAUGGUAUGAUAGCCGUCAGAUUUAGUGCUAAUCGUGUUUGAUUUCUGAGCUGGGCGUGGAGCUGCGUCGUUUUUCUGUGUUUUUUUGGGGGGACAGGUGUUAAACUGACCAGAGUUUUGAGUUAAUGUUCACUCUGUGUUACUCCACAGCCGCGUCCUCUCCGUGUGUGUGUUUUUUGUGUCUGACAUGCUCAGUGCUCAGCUCUGCGGACCGGGUGGUGUGGGCGUCGCCGUGCGCUGAAGUCCUGUUCCGACUAGAGCCGGGCACCAUGAGUGCUCAUCUCACCGCUGCACCGCAGUGCACAUCCAUUUAGCCACUUACUAAACCGUCUCUCAAGUAUAACUCAAGAGUUCACACUAACUCAACACUCGACUGUGUUGCGUUCUACGCGGCUCAGCAGUAUUCAUUUUCGGAAAAGAAAAAACGCAUUUUCAGGAUUUGGGGAAUUGUGUUGAUGUUACCAAGACUGAGGAUGAAAUACCACUAAGGGACGGACGUUGAGAGUAAUUUGACCGAAACCCUUUGAAAACAAUGUGAAGUAGAUGCGUCAAAAAAAAUGCCCCCGUCAUUUGAUGGUUUGGUCGGAGGAAUCUGGAUCUUGAUUAGAGAGAGGUAGGAAGAAAGGACGGGUUGAAUGAAUUUAGACAAAAGGGAAAAUAGGGGAAGGCAGAAAUGAACGUAUAGAAGUGAGGAAAGGAAGAAGGAAAAGGACGUAGAACGUAAAGAGGGGAAUUAACAAAAUAAAAGUAAUAGAUUGAAGGUGUUGAUGGAGGGAGCUGGAAGAAGGUGACAGGAAUGCGCUCGUAUUGACUGAAUGUAGUAACUAAUGUUUGUCUUUUUCAUGCUGCCGUCACUUUUCUUUACCAGUACACGAGUCAAACUCUCAUGUUAUUACUGAAAAUGACAUGAUAAUGAUAAAGUGCAGAGACCUGACACCAAGAUGGUCCACGUGGGCGCUUGGGUCAUUCGUCCUGUCGCUCAGUGAUGGAGACGUGUUGGCGCCCGGUUAACACAAACACGACAAAACUGGUACUUGGGUUUGUAAACCUUUGUCGAAUUGAUCAUUGAAUAUAAGUAUACGAUGUUCAAGGCGUAAUAUUUAAAAAAGCACCGAGCACCAGAAAGGAAAGAUCUACCCGGAGUCACGUGGAUGAUUUUGUUGUCAGCGUUUCACGAAACAUGUCUGUGCUCCAUUAAGACGGAAUGAACGGAUGAAAGACGAGAGGGUUUCUUUUGACUGUGAACUUUACAUGAAGGUGUCUUACUGUUACUCCUCUGAUAUAAGCACACGAGUCACGCACAUGUAACUUGACCAGAACAAAUUUUUCUAUGUAUUUCCUCUUUUUUUUCCAUGAUAGUUGGAGUUGGUUGGUUGGGUACACCAGAGCCACCAGAGUGAUUGGCUACUGUUACCAUGCUACUGUAAGACGGAUGUACAGUACACUAGAGUUUCAACCUCUUUCUCACACAUUCCUGUUGGUUUUUCUGCAGUUUUCUUAUUGCAGAUUACCUUGAACAUAAGUUCAUCUUUGCAACUCGCUUUUUUUCAAAAUUGGGCAAAAAAAACGAACAAGACGUCGGGACGUAGCAUGGUUGACGUUAUUAACCAUCCGGUGCCAUAUCGCUCUUUGGUUUUUGGCGGAGCAGAAUGGGUUGCACAAGAUGAAGGUACGAAACCAGAACCCUCUGGUACCCCUGGUUCUCCUCGUACAGGGAGACCAGGGAAAUGAAGGAACCGACUAAAUAACCUCCCUGUCAUAGAAGUAUAACGCUUUUCUAUUACACCGCUUGUAUCCAAAUAUUCAAAAAAAAGAUACGUUUUAUAAAGUUGUAACGAUAACAGUGAUUUCUACUCUUGUCUCCCUGAAUUUUAUAUUUAUGUAUAUAACAUCUUUUUGCAAUAAAAUAUUCAUUUAAAAAACA